AUACCAAACAAGAAGCAAUGAUCGAUAUUAGCUGUAAAUAGAAACUGUUUAGUUCAUUCUACAGUAUAUAUUCAACACCACAUCCCAAAUCUCUCCACCAGGUGCAUUUCCCGCCGGACCCCCUUGCAUAUUUCUUCAGCACAGCAUAAACAAUAGGAUUAAUAAUAUUAUAGAAUAUAUAAAGCUUCAAAUGGCUCCCAAGUACGUCGUUGUGUCUGUUCUCCUCCUACAGCUUGCGGCAAUUGCUUUUGCCAUACGCCUGCCAUACUAUGCUACACGUCCAGACAAGCCGCUCCUCGGAGGUCCGGCAGGUGGAAUUCCAAAGCAAGGGAGUCUGGCGGGAGGAAUGCCUGCACCUGGGGCAGCAGUAGGAGGAGCCAACAGCGGGAAGAAGUGGUGCAUUGGGAAGAAAGAUAUUAAGAAAAGCCUUUUGAAGAGUGCCUUCGAUGAGAUUUGCAAGGAGGUCGAUUGCUCAGCCACAGGACCAACAGGAAUAUGCUACGAUGAAUCCAUUUGGUCAAAGGCGUCCUACGCCAUGAAUCUGAAAUACCAAAAGAAUGGCCAAAAGGAUUCUGACUGUGAUCACCAAGGAAGGGCACAAAUCGUCACCAUUGACCCAAGCUGGGGAAAAUGUGUGUUGAUCUCUUCUUAAGAGCUGAAGGGAAGAAGUAGGUAUCAUCAUAUGUAAAAGGAAUCGACCUAUAAAAAAAAGGCAUAUAUGUAAAAUUAACUUAUCAAUAAAUGUUGUGCAAGCUAGUUCUUA